AUGUACCACCUUGGAUUGAGUGGUGGUCAGCAGAAGCACUUUGACCAAUUCGCCACCUACAUCAACACCAACGUUGAGCGGUUGCCGAUCAUAUUUAUGCUCGGCUUCUUCGUUACGUUGGUGGUGAACAGGUGGCAGAAGAUUUACGAGAGCUUGGGAUGGAUUGAGGAUACGGCGCUUUUGAUGUCCUGUCUAAUCCAUGGUGAUGAUGAGGAGACGAUUCUGGCGCGACGUGCCAUUCGGCUUCGCGAGAAAAUUCCUGGGGAUCCGAGUUUGCAGAGUUGUGUUCAGGAGGUCAAACGCUUCCGUGACUUCAUGCAGACGUUGAGCAACUACGACUGGGUCCCCGUUCCUCUAGCUUAUCCACAGGUCGUCUUUUUUGCUUUCCUAAACAUCUAUUUCCCGCUCACCACGAGUUUGCAAUUUGUUUUUUAUAUCGGGUGGAUGAAGGUAGCUGAAUCCCUCCUAAACCCGCUGGGCGAAGAUGACGACGAUUUUGAAACAAACUACCUUCUUGACAAAAAUAUUAGUACGGCAAUGGCCAUCGUCGAUUCAACCUCGCAAAAGCAUCCCCCCUUGAUCAGGGAUCGAUUUUAUCACCACAAAUAUCUACCCGGGCUAAAGGAUGAUGAGGAGGAUAUUGUUGGAUCUGUUGCGCAUUUGAAGAUGCCAAAUGACGAGCCCCGUCUAUCCAUCAGCUCCAUCCGGCAGUCAAUUCGCAGCCUCAGAAAGAGAAUUCAACCGGAAGCCGUCGACGACUCGGAGAUCUCACACAAAAUC